GCAAAUGGGUGUAAUUCUUGUAUGUUUUAAGCUCUGAUUAUUCCCCUAACUAACCUUGAUUAAUAAUUGAUAAUUAAUCAAUAAUAGUUGAUUUGGCAAAAAAAAAAAAAGGGGGAUUUUUUUUCCCUCACCAAGUCAAGGUCUAUGCACUAGUCAACAGUCUAAAUUCUAACGUUAAUCUAUGUGAAAUCAAUCUUUAUUUUCACAUUAUUUGACUACCAUUAUUAAAGUUAUGCUAUUUUCUUGUAAUUGUUUUUUGUUAAAUUUGUUGGGUGUUUUAGUUUAAUCCCAGGUUUAUUGCCAAGUUGUGGUGAACUGAUUCUUGCAGGAUAUUCUUGUAAUAUGGAGAUCAGAGGUUCUGGUGUCAAUUAUAAGCUCUGACAUAGAUUUUACAGCAAUCUAAAGGUGUUUGAUGGGCCUCGUAACUCGUAUGGGGUCGAAUCAAAGAGAAAUAUCUGGUUUUCUUGGAUUUUAUCUAGUGUUUUUGUUGAUGAGUGGUUUAAGCUGUGGAAAUGAGAAUGAUAUUGCAUGCUUGAGGUCCAUAAAAGAAUCCUUGCAGGAUCCCAAUAAUAUCUUGAACUCUUCCUGGAAUUUUAGCAAUUCUACGAAAGGAUUCAUUUGCUCGUUCACUGGGAUAGAUUGCUGGGCUCCGAAUGAGGAUAGGGUGUUGACCAUCCGACUUUCAAAUAUGGGAUUGAGGGGCAGCUUCCCUCUUGGGAUUUAUAACUGCAGCAAUCUACAGCACUUGGACCUGUCCUCUAAUGAACUUGACGGAGUAAUUCCUGCUAAUGUUUCUAAAAUCAUGCCGUAUGUGACUUCAGUUGUUCUCUCCUCAAAUAGGUUCUCAGGUGAGAUACCUGAGAACCUUGCCAACUGCAGCUAUCUCAAUGUUAUCCAACUUGACCACAACAAAUUUUCUGGACAAAUUCCUCUAGAAUUAGGCCAGCUUUCCCGGCUCAAAAGAUUUACUGUUGCUAAUAAUCUCUUGGUUGGGCAAGUCCCACGCUUUAAUUCUACUAUCGAUGUUGAUUUCUCCAACAACCCAGGGCUCUGUGGACCUUCUCUAAGCCCUUGUCAGAAAUCAUCAGGAAAGUCCAAUACUGGAGUUAUUGUUGCUGCUGCAGUAUCUGGAGUGACUGUUGGUGCCAUAGGAGUAGGCCUAGCUAUGUUCUUCUGUGCACGUAGAGUCCCAGUAAAGAAAAAAGAAGAAGAUCCUGAAGGAAACAAAUGGGCAAAGAGUAUAAAAGGGAUCAAGAAAAUUAAGGUGUCCUUAUUUGAGAAUUCUAUUUCGAAAAUGCGACUGAGUGAUCUCAUGAAGGCAACAGAUAAUUUCAGUAAACAUAAUAUUAUUGGUGAAGGAAGGAUGGGGACUAUAUAUAAGGCAAGACUAGAUGAUGGCAGUAUGUACAUGAUAAAGAGGUUGCAGGACACUCAACACUCUGAGGAAGAAUUUGUGUCUGAAAUGGCUACACUUGGGAGUGUCAAACAUCGCGACCUAGUUCCCCUCAUAGGUUUCUGUCUUGCUGGUAAGGAGAAAUUGUUAGUUUACAAGUACAUGAAAAAUGGUACUCUUUAUGAUCAGUUGCAUCAGGGAGAAGAUGGUUGCUCCAUGGAAUGGCCAACACGACUCAAAAUUGCCAUAGGGGCAGCUAGAGGAUUAGCAUGGCUUCAUCAUAAUUGCAAUCCUCGCAUCAUUCAUCGGAACAUAAGCUCUAAGUGCAUCUUACUAGAUUCUGAUUUUGAGCCAAAAAUAUCUGACUUUGGCCUUGCGAGGCUCAUGAACCCCAUUGAUACACAUUUGAGCACCUUUGUCAAUGGAGAAUUUGGGGAUAUAGGUUAUGUGGCGCCAGAAUACUCGCGAACUUUGGUUGCUACUCCAAAGGGAGAUGUUUAUAGCUUUGGAACAGUCCUCCUCGAGUUGGUAACUGGAGAGAGGCCAAAUGAAGUGACUAAAGCCCCUGAAAGCUUCAAGGGUACCCUGGUGGAUUGGGUUAUAGAACUCACAAAGAACUCUAAUUUGAAAUAUGCCAUUGACAAAUCAUUGGUUGGGAAGGGUGUUGACCACGAAAUCUCACAGAUUUUCAAAGUAGCUCGUAAUUGUGUGUCCUUGAAUCCCAAAGAGAGGCCUUCAAUGUUUGAAGUUUACCAACUUCUAAGAGCCAUUGGGGAGAGGUAUCACUUCUCAACUGAUGCUGAAAUUAUGUUGCAAAUGGAUACCGGCGAUGAUGACAUACAAGAGCUCAUUGUUGCUCAAGAAGCAAAAUCCGAUCAGUGAUUAUUUCAUUUAUAAAGGUAUCAUUUCCAAUGACACGUAAACGUAAAUAUUAUUGUGUUGUUCAAUUAUCAUAUGCUCUCUUCCAUGUGAUCCAUGUACAGAAUAUUUUUUUUUUGGAAUUGAAACCAUAUAUUUACAAGCUUGGCCUCACUUUCAUUUGUAUCACUAUUUUCUUGGGUUUGGCUGGUUGUGAGAAUGUUAUGUUUCAUAACCAUAAAAACAGAAUUGUUACCUAUACUCUUCUGCACUUCUAUAUCAUAAUUGUUGUUUAAGCCAA